UACUUUUUGCGUUUGCUUUGUACAGACAAAUGACAGCAUGGAGAAUGCAUUUUCACCCCGUGUCAAGUCCCUCAUCGGCAUAGCACCCAACGACAGAGCGCAUGCGCAAAAUAUCAAAGACGCUCUACUGGAAGACCGACUGAACUUUUCUGUUCUCCCCGACUGUGAAGAUCCAAGGACGGUGGAUGCUGAUAUUCUUUUCAAGGCGUCGUCUCAAGUUCGCUCUGUAGCGGUCGCCGUCCACAUGUUUCCUGGUUACCCUCCAUGGAGGGACGAAUUUGACUGGGCCAGUGACGAGAUGCGUUAUGUAGGAUGACGAAGCGAUGUGUGGAGAUGGCGGAACAUGGAUGUGCAUAUUUGGCAUGCUGUGUAUUGGUAACGAUAUUAGAAAGAUUGUUAGGCGAUAUCCUUUUCACCGUAUCUGAUGGCGAUUCGUCUCUGAUUCCAUUUCUAUUACGAGAUCUCCUGGUAACAACAGAGUUAGAAGCUGUGUUGGGUUCCAAAUUGAUCUUUACUAUGCGCAUACUCAUGGGAACGCCUCUUGCCAUGAACAUUCGAAAUAUUCUUUGGCAUGGAUUCGCUCAUCCAGCGGAAUUUGAACCGCCUGCGAAAAUUUAUUUCGCCUUCUUUAUGAUGAUUUUGCUUGAGGUUGUUACUAGAGCGCGCGAAUCACUCGGCAAGCUAUCGCAUAGAUCGAAAAUAGCCUUUGAGAGCACGCCCUUGGAGGAAAUUGAUCAGCAGUAUUCCGCCGUAUGUUUCAAUGAAGAUUUGCCCCCCGCAACUCUCCCUGCUUCGUCCUUGGAACCAAUUGUUGGUCUCAUUACCUUGUCAACUUUCCCCUUACCGGGAACCAUCGACUACAACAUGUUCUCGCUCCUUGCCUAUGCGGUAGGAGACUAUCAUACCUUCCUGGUAUCGUCCAUACCGAUGCUAGAGCACGCUCUUCGGAUUGUUUAUGUCCGUGCUGCAGGGGAAGACGCUUCAAGGCUUUUGGUUGCAGAUAAUAGAGUGAUGUAUCUGACUUUGGAUGAAAUGCUCGCGGAUGGACGGGCCCUUUUGACUGAGCAGCUCGGACACUGCUGCGUGGAGUUAUUAUUAGAUAUGUUCAGUUUCCCAGCGGGACCACGGCUUCGAGAUAGGCUUUCACAUGGUGAAGCCAAUAACGUUGUCGGAUCAACAGCCUCUAGACACAUUUACAUCAAUCCAACCAUUACCCAAACCUUUUUUUCUCUCCUCAUUUACUUGAUGUGGAUCUAUUCUCCUGCGGCUGGGGGAUUAAAGUUCAGUGGCCUCGUGGCGACUUGCGUAGAUUUUGUGAAGCACUAUCAUAGCCGAUACCACCCAGUCGCACGUAUUCGCCAAGAGCUGGUAAAGGCCUUUGUGGAGAUUGACAGAUGCUUCCAUACCAUGUGCCAAGCUGCGUACACGCUGGCAAUACCUAUUGAAGAAGAGGAUACACAAACAGUUUCCCUCGCUGGCGAAUGGACACGGAUGAGCAAACUGCCUUAUCCAUUACAGCAAAAUCUCUAUACAGUAACUCGCCUUCUUUGUCAGCAGCCAACCCGUUUGUUUACUUUUCCACCGAGCUGUCUCAGUCAACGGUCCAUUUCCCACGCCCUCGAAACCCUCCCCCGAUGCCACUUGCCCCAACCUCAACACAAAUUUCCAUACGUCCACGUCAUCCGCAUCCUCAGUCACAUCCGUCAAACCAUCUGCAAUUUAGAAACCAAAUCCCAAGUAACGCGUAAACGCAUGACAAUCAUAACGGGAGGGGGUUCAGUCAUUGCGGUGCUAUGGACUGUCUUGAGUAUCUUGGAGCAAUCCCUUGUUCCCGGGUCCGACUUUUCCAGCAACGUAUUGAAACGAAUUGCCACCGUUGUGGAUCGAUGUGCGGCGAUUGUUAAAGGCGGGGAAUGGUGGAAGGUGCAAGGAGAGGUUGAGGCUUGGGUAAUGGAAUUGAAGGGUAACCAUCAACGGAGACGCUUUGGUGAUUAAUAGACUGGAAGUGGUUGCACUCGUACAAUGUUUUUACUGGCAUACUUUACUAUCACGGUUGUAUACCCUUUACUUCAUUUGAUGAUGAGAAUCAGCAAUACUCUGUCC